CAUGUGUAAUUCACAUAUUUCAUAAAUCUAAAAUGGAGAUAUUACUCCUACAUCAGUUGUAAUGAAAUCUAUGGUUAGUUAAAGAAAGUAAAAGGAUUCUUUAUAAAUAUCCUAAAACCUUUAAAUGGAAUAAACUAUUGGGAAUCUUCAGGAUCAAUAAUAAAAACUUAUUAAUGAGACAAGAGAAUUAAAUAAAUAGAUAGUUCUUUUUAAAGCUAAAUAAAAUAUUCCUUUUGAAGAAGAGAAAGAUGAAUAAGUUAAAUUUACUUUAUUUUAAUUAUUUGUAAUUGCCUUUAUCAGCCUAUUGAUAGGGUUUUAUAUGCCUGAAUUUUGA